CUUGUCCUCCUCCGAGUCCCUCCUACUCUCAACAAUCCCCUUCUUCCCCUCACUUUUGAGAAAGACCCUUUUCCUCCAUUCCCCUCUGUCAUUCUCAGGACUUCGUUCUUCUUGUGGAUUUGUUGCGACAUCUAUACAUCUUCCUCCUGAUUCUUUUCACUCUGCUUUGUCUGUGUAGGAACGAUGUGUUGACCUGUCCCUCUUAAUCUCCGAAUCGAAUCGAUUUCAUUCACUUCACCGUGGACCCGUAGCUCAUACUUCUUUUUCUUGCCUUUCACCCUUCGCUCUCUUCCCAUCCCUUACUCUACUCUCGUCUAGAUCUGUGUCAAAAUGAGUUCUGGCAUUCCACCCUGGCGUGCUACAGCGGCAGCUCCUUCCGCCGCAACGUCUCUGUACUCCGGCCAUGCAACCCCUGCCUAUACCCCUGUCCAAGCGCGCCGUAGUAUCAUCACUGCAAAGACAGCAAAUUCAACCCCAGCACCGGCCUCGUCGCAGCAGACAGCCGCAGAAAGUGCCCCCCGCAAACAACGAGUAGAGUGGCCAGAGCCGGUUCGACUGUACGUACAACGCAGUUUUGCGCCCGAGAAUCGGCUUGCGGGAGUCGAGCGAAGCGAGAUGGAGAGCAAACUCAGAGCCGUCAUCACCGAAGCAGCUGAGAAUAAUAUGCUCGACAAGAUCGAUUGGAGCAAGUUGCCCCUGCCUCAAGUCAUGGUACAAAAUGAUCGAAAUAAGAUAUUGGCUAGUCCUAGCGUAUCGACCUGGGGAACCUUUGGCACGCUCUCGCCUAAGAAGGCUCAUAACAACGGGAUGGAAGAAUUGUCGAAGAAAAGGAAAUCGGUUGAGUCCCAAGGGGAUGCGAACAACUGUCCCCCGUGGCGGAAAACUAACACUCAGAAUGCUUUUGAAGAUCGAAUCACCUAUGCAUCAACAGAUAAGCGUCAAAGAAUAGACCUGAAAAAUACUAGUAAGUUUAAAGCUAAUCUGGAAUUGCGGAGGAAACGAUUCGAAGAGCCUCAGGCCUCUACUGGGUCCUCCGCUUCCUCUCGCGGUGCUUCGCCGGCCCCUGCAGCAAAUGCCGGCCCUGUCGUCGGAACCUGCCAGGAUUUGGAAAAGAACUACUUCCGCCUGACUGCCGCACCGAAGCCUGAGACUGUGCGGCCCUUGCAUAUUUUGCAUAAAACCUUGGAUGUGCUGAAGAAGAAGUGGAAGAAAGACAACAAUUAUACCUAUAUUUGUGACCAGUUCAAAUCGUUGCGGCAAGAUCUGACAGUGCAGCAUAUCAAGAACGAGUUUACUGUCAGCGUCUAUGAGAUUCAUGCCCGGAUCGCGUUGGAGAAAGGGGAUCUUGGUGAGUAUAAUCAGUGCCAGACUCAGCUCCGCGCAUUGUAUGCACAGCAGCUGGGAGGACAUCCCACGGAAUUUCGGGCCUACCGUAUCCUCUAUUUCAUUCAUACCCGCAAUUGGACGGCCAUGAACGAUGCCUUGGCCGAUCUAACCUCAGCAGACAAACGAGAUCCUGCUGUGAAACAUGCCUUGGAUGUACGCUCUGCCCUUGCUCUCGGGAACUACCACCGGUUCUUCCAGUUGUACCUUGAUACCCCGAACAUGGGAGCUUAUCUCAUGGAUAUGUUUGUGGAUCGCGAGCGACUGUCUGCCUUGGCGGCAAUUUGUAAAGCAUACAAACCGGACGUAAAAAUUCGAUUUAUUACUGAAGAACUUGGUUUCGAGUCUGAUGAGCAAAGUGCACGCUUCAUUCUGGAUCACUCCGCUGAGGAUCUGCUCCAGGAAAAAGAGGGAUCUGUGAGGCUCGUGACAGGUCCCCGGGCUGGUCAGCUUUUUGAGGCUGCCAAGGCCGAUGCUCAUCGGAUCGUCGAUAUCAAGGGUCAGAUCUAAGUUCAUUUUUUCUUUCCAGCCACCCUGCACAUGUUACAUCUUACGUUUUCUUCUGGAUACUCUUUGCGUACUCUCGACAUCAUUUUUCUUCUACCGUCAUAUCGUUUGGAGGCAUCUCUGUGUUUUAUGCAUCGUACUUUGCUUGUUGCUGCAGCACUCAAAAACGUCUUUUCAUCGGCAUCGCAGGCGUCUGGAUCUUGGCUGUUCACGGGAGUGAGGCGAUAUAUACCCAUUUCGACUCCAAAGAACUUUGGUUGAGCUGUGAUAUCUUUGCAGACUGGACUGGGUAUGAAGCAGAACAGAAUAUCUAACCUUUAGUGUGAUACUCUCGGUAGUACAGUCGAAUACGAAGUUUCUUCCCU